CAAAUAGUUGGAUGCAUUAUCCAAAAAAGAAUUGAUAGUAAGCUGAACCAUUUCAAUAGUUUGGAGACUAAAGUUUAGAGGUUUCCGGCGAAAUAUACUCCUAGGUCAGGGAGUAAAUGGACUUCUGUUUUUUUCCAAAGGAAAAGCAUAAGUUGUAAUUUUCCUUGGGCUGGGCUAGCCCACUACUCAUCAGCCCACGUUAACACGCGUUCUCCGGUGGCCGAGUUCCUCUUCCUCUCCGGCGUCUCCGCCCGCCGUCUCGUCUCGUUUCUCAUCUCAAAAUUUCGCGCCUCGUCGCCGCGCCGCGCGGCGGGCAUGUCUUGACGGAAUCGCGUCGACGCACAGGCACCGGGGGCCAUGGCGCCGACGCCUCCCGUUCCACUCCCCAACCCGGCGGGGUCGGCGGCGGCAGCGGUUCUGCCCCGGCCGGCGUGGAACACCAACCGGAACCUGGUGGUGACCCACCCGCUGCUCUCCCUCCUCGAGUCGUGCGCCUCCUUCCGCCGCCUCCUUCAGCUCCACGCGCUCCUCACCGUCACGGGCCUCGCCGCGCACCGCUUCCCGGCGUCUCGCCUCCUCGCCUUCUGCGCGCUCUCCACGCCGCCGCGCCUCGCCCACGCCGCCGCGAUCCUCGCCCGCGCAUCCCCGGGGCCCAACGCCUACAUGCUCGGCACCAUGAUGCGGGGCUUCCUCCGCGCCCGCCUCCCCGCCCGCGCGCUGGGCCUCUUCCGCCGCGUCGUCCGGGAUCGCCUCCCCGCCGACGCGCGCACGUUCGUCUUCGCGGUCAAGGCCGCCGCCGCCGCCGCCGAGUCGGAGCACGGUGGAACCCCCUCAGGCGGCGAGGCCAUCCACUGCGCGGCCCUCAAGUGCGGGUUCGUUGGCGAGAGCGUGCUCGUGGGGAACGCGCUGGUACACUUCUAUGCGAACCACAAGUCACUGGAUGAUGCAGGCAAGGUGUUCGAUGAAAUGCCUGAGAGGGAUGUUGUCUCUUGGACGACGCUGGUGGAUGGGUAUGCACGGGCAGGGUUGGCUGACGAGGCAUGGAGGCUGUUCUGCAGGAUGGUUGUUGUUGGAGGCAUGCGGCCUAACGCGGUGACGCUGGUGGCUGCUGUCUCCGCGAUUGGUCAGAUGGGGUUGCUAGCUUUUGGGAUCAUGCUGCACAAGUAUGUCACAGAGGGUGGUGUUGCUCGGAGUGUCAAUUUGGAUAAUGCGCUGGUGGAUAUGUUUGGGAAGUGUGGGUGCGUGAGAUAUGCAAGGGAGGUUUUUGAUGGCAUGGAGGUUAAGGAUGUCUACUCCUGGACGAGCAUGGUUAAUGCAUACGCUAAGUGUGGUGAUUUGGAAAGUGCAGAACAGCUAUUCAAGGAUAUGCCCAGGAGAAAUGUGGUUUCUUGGAGUUGCAUGAUCGCAGCUUACUCACAGUUGAAUCAACCUGAAGAAGCAGUAUGGUUAUUCAGGGAGAUGAUUGCAGCAGGUGUGGAUCCAAUUGAUGCUACCCUUGUGAGUGUUCUGUCAGCGUGUGCUCAGUUAGGUUGCUUGGAUCUUGGCAGGUGGAUAUAUGAGAACUACAUUGUGAGUAAUAAGAUUGGGCUUACUGUUAAUUUAGGUAAUGCGCUCAUUGAUAUGUUUGCAAAAUGUGGGGAUGUAGGUGAAGCAUCAAAAUUAUUUGAUGAGAUGGCAGAGAGGAACGUAGUGAGUUGGAACACUAUGAUCAUGGCCCAUGCCGUGCAUGGUCAGUCUGAAGAAGCUAUUCGUCUCUUUGAGCAGUUGAAAGGAGAGAAUAUUGUGCCUGAUCAGAUCACUUUCCUGGGAUUGCUUGCUUCAUGCAGUCACAGUGGGUUAGUUUCGGAAGGACGACGAUAUUUUAAAGAAAUGGAAAUGUUUUAUAGGAUUGAACCCAGGGUAGAACAUUAUGCAUGCAUGAUUGAUCUUUUGGGUAAAGUUGGGCUUCUGGAAGAGGCAUUUGAAGUUGCAAGGGGUAUGCCGAUGGAAGCUGAUGAGGCUGGUUGGGGUGCUCUUCUAAAUGCAUGCAGAAUGCAUGGGAAUGUAGAGAUUGGUGCAUGUGUUGCAGAUAAGCUUGUAGAACUGGAUCCUUCAGACAGUGGAAUCUAUGUACUUAUGAGCCAAAUAUAUGCAAGUAAAAAUAAAUGGGAUCAGGUGAAGAUGCUGAGAAUGACGAUGAGAGAUAGAGGGGUAAAGAAGAAUCCUGGCUGUAGCUCUAUCGAGGUCGAAGGAAAAUUCCACGACUUUUUGGUGGCAGAUGUUUCACAUGCAUGUUCAGAAGAAAUCUAUUCAGCAUUGAAGAAUAUUUACUUCCAUUUAAAACAGGAAGGUUAUGUUCCCCCAACUUGACUGUGCUGAAAACUCCUUGUUCUUCGUCAUUCAUGAACCUCUUAAUAGCCUUCACUGUAGAAGGAAAAGGAAAUUCUACCAGAAGACAAGAUUUUACUAAUCUAAUGCUCAGCUUCCUGCUGACAGACUUUUAUUAAUGCCCUACCUUACGUUCAUGAAUAAUGGCCUGGAGCUGAGCUGGAAGUGAGAUAAAAUUUGUACUGUCUUCAUAGAGGUAUAUGUCAAAUGGGCAGAAAAAAGGUAGUGCAAAUCUGAUGAAGGAUUGCAUGUACUGUCUUCAUAGAGAUGUAUGUCAUGCGAUGAGGCUAUUCUUGAUUUUUGUAAGAUAUGUCAUGGCAAGGAACUAUAGGGAACUUGAUUGAACCCAGACAGUUUUAGAUGGCAUUGCUACGGAGCUUUUACUGGGUGAACCAGAUCCUCUGCAAUCCCCUUAAUUCACAUCCAGGAAAGCCUUCUUGAGGUGAUCAGUUCCAGAUCGACAGUCAUGGCCUGCUUGCCUCCCGCUGCGGCGCCGAAGAGCUCGGCACCACCCUUCCUUAAUGGAGAAGACGAGAGCAAGGACGAUACAUUCACUGCCCAGCUGAUUGCCUCAGUUUCAUUGAAGCCAGCAGAGCAGCGCAGAGCUGUACUGCUGCGCGGUGCAGUGUACUCGGAUCCUAAGCCAUGGCGAUGCUGCACCCGUCGUCCUCUUCUCCAAGCUGCAACAGGUUUUUUCUUUCUACAGCCACCUGCCCUUUGAGCACGGGGGCAUGCAUGCAAGCAAGCAAGCACCAACUGCUAGCUAGACUGCCCUAAUGGAGAAGGCUCAAGGUCUCCAGCGGCUUGACGGCGUCGAGCUUGCGGUGCGGC